UCUCUCUCCUCCCGGCCCGGCCUUGAGGUGUGCGCCGCCGAGCUUGAGCCUGAACCGAGAGAGAGGGAGGCAUCGUCGGGCCCCAGAGCCAAAGCAGGCGCCUCUCCGCGGCUUCUCCCCUUCUUCGCCUCGCUUCGUCCUCGGCUUCCUAGUUUCCCCUGCUUGGGACCCCCCUGGCCUUGCCCUGGAGGCCGGCUCGGCUCUCUUUGUCCCCCCGCGAGGAGGAGGCGGAGGCGGAGGAGUAGGCCCACCGCUCCGGGCCAUGGCCGAAUGGGCCCCUGCCCAGAUCCAGGAAUGGAACGUGGAGGCCCAGCACCUCAUGCCCCUCCAGCCUCCCCUCGUCCCCGAACUGAGCCACAUGAGGGAAGCUCAGCUCCACACGGCGGAGGCUUCCCUCUGGAGCGUGGUGGCCACAGUCCAGGCCAUGGAGAGGAAGAUAGACCUUCUGGCCACUCGUCUGCUCAGCCUGGAAGGGCGAUCGGGGAACGCCGAGAAGAAGUUGCUGGACUGUGAGAAGACGGCCAUGGAGUUUGGGAACCAGCUGGAAAGCAAGUGGGCUGUGCUGGGGACCUUGAUCCAGGAAUAUGGCCUGCUCCAGCGGCGUCUGGAGAACAUGGAGAACCUACUGAAGAACCGGAACUUCUGGGUCCUAAGGCUUCCCCCGGGCACCAAGGGAGAAAUCCCCAAGAUGCCAGUGACAUUUGUUGACAUCGCUGUGUAUUUCUCUGCUGAAGAAUGGAAGAACUUGGCUGACUGGCAGAAAGACAUCUACAAUAACCUUGUCAAGGAGAACUACGAGUCUCUGCUAAACUCAGGGGUGGAUGUUAAUAUUUCCAAACCAGAGUCACAUUCUAGGGUCGAACGGGGAGCAGAUCCACACGUGCCCGAGCAACAGAUCACCACAAAAGAGCGAGAGGUCACUGCAGAGCCUUGCCCAGAACCCAUGAUGUCUGCCCCUGACAUGUUGACUCGCAUCAAACAAGAGGAGCCCUUUGCCGGUGGAGGGCACUUCCCGGAGGAAAGAGGGAUCCCUUCAGAUCCUUGUGCCGGUGCCGAGGUUCUUAUGUCUGCCCAUGACUUUUUGUCUUGGAUUAAGCAAGAGGAAGAGCCCUGCGUCAGAGAGCACUGGGAGUCAGCGGAGAGGGACAUCCUCACAGGCCCUGGCACAGCUGGUGAUGGGAUGCCAGUCAAAGCCGAGGAGCAACGCCGGUGCCCAGAAGAGCCAGCGAGGCCCAGGGAGCCAGUGUUCCAGGGGGAAGCCCCUCCGGCAGCUGGAGCCGGAGGCAACAUGGAAGCCUACGCUGGUCAGUGUGGCCCGGUCACGCAGCCCCUGAGCCCGGCUAGGAACAGACCGGGCAAGUCCCUUGAGUUAGACAGUGAGCUGCAGAGCAUCUUUGCUCCGCAAGGGCCUGCCGAUAGACCCCAUGGCUGCAACGAGUGCGGCAAGAUGUUUGGGGUGAAGAAGAGCCUCAAGGUCCACCAGCGCAGCCACCACGGCCAGGAGCGCCCGUAUGAGUGCACAGAGUGCCAGAAGAGCUUCAACUGCCACUCGGGGCUGGUGCGACACCAGAUGACUCACCGGGGUGAGCGGCCCUACAAGUGCGAGGAGUGUGGCAAGUGCUACAGCCGCAAGGAGCACCUCCAGAACCACCAGCGGCUGCAUACUGGGGAGCGGCCCUUCCAGUGCCCAGUCUGUGGCAAGCGCUUCAUCCGCAAGCAGAACCUGCUCAAGCACCAGAGGAUCCACACGGGCGAGCGGCCCUACCAGUGCGCGGAGUGCGGGCGCAGUUUCCGAUAUAAAGAGUCCCUCAAGGACCACCUCAGGACUCAUAGCGCAGAGCCCCCCACCCCGCGACUCCUGCCUUCCUUGGGUGGGGACUCCGUCUCGUAGCACUCUGUGGCAUCAGGAAAUGGGGGCCACUGGUUUCCUGUCUCCCUUACUCCCUGCUUUGUCCCCUCAAGGUCCCGCACCUCUAAUUCUGCCCAACAUGGUGGACAGUCCUUUAAAAAGACAGCUGGGAAUGUGUGCAUGUUGAGGGGACAACGUCCUGAUGUAAAUGGAAAGGCGGUGCACCAGCCAUAAUUUUCCAAAUAUGUACCAAUAAGACUGUGCAAGUUGCCAUCCCUUCAGAGCUGGUGCCGUUUCAAUGCGCACCGUGAUCAGCUGAGACUGUGAAGACUUUGAAUGGACACUGAGAAUCUGAUUUCACAAAAGAAUGUUUCUAGCUCUCUCGAGGAGGGUGAUGCUGGAAAGCAUGUCUAUGUUUUAAAAGCUCACCAACCAUACUGCAGUUCGACCCACCCACGUUACGUACAUGUGAAAUGAUCAUGUUUUCUGGCAGCUUCAGAUGGGAGAAAUCUCAAUUUUGGGGCGGAUAUACGUUGGAACUGUGAAGCAACCACACUUGAAGUGGACCUGGCUAACCAUGGCAUCUCUUUCACCUGAUGUACAAGUAGGACUGCUUCACCUCCCUCCCUGGGUGUCCAGUUUGUGUUGCUCCACUCACAUUUCGCAGGACUUCCUUGAGCCCUCGGCCUCUGGUUUCCUCUUUCUCCCCCUCCUUCAGUGCCUGCUUCCGCUCCUGGCCUCCAGACCUUUUUACUGCAAGCACCUUCUCCUCAUCUCAGUCCCUUCCCCUUCAGCAGAAACUCAAACCCUGCUUUUCUUUACCUGUUGCAAAUAUAUUUAUUCAUUCUUUUCCCCCUACUUUUUUCACACGACGCUAUUAUUUUAAAAUUCCUUCCAUUUCAUGAAGAUAAAAUCCACAGUUUUAAAAUUAUUAUUUUUUAAAGAGUACACGCAAGUUAUUUCCAGGUGUAGUUUUGUAACAAAGGUUCAGUGCAAAUAAAGACAAAAGGGAAGGGAAGAAAA